AUGGCUGCCUGCAGCCUGGCACUAGGACUGUGGCUCCUGCUGCUUCUCCAGGAUAUCCAGACAGCCCCACAGACAUCAUUAACCCCAUCUCAUCGCUGUGAUACACUUGAGAAUUGGUUCUAUGAUGAAACUUCACGAAGCUGCUGUUACCAGUGUCCCUCAGGCUACGUUAAAAAGAAAGCAUGUCCUAGGGACCCAGAUGAAGACUGCAUGAGAUGUGGACCUGAACAAUAUGUGAACGAAGCAUUCCAAAAGCCACGAUGUGAUGCUUGUGUAUCAUGCGCAGAAGAAUCUGACCUUGUGGAGAAAGAGCCCUGCUCCUUCAAUUCUAGCCGCGUGUGUGAGUGCCGACCAGGCCUGUUCUGUCAAACCGCUGUUCUGAACACCUGCAUACGAUGCCAACAGCACACUGUUUGCAAGCCUGGUUUUGGAGUCAAAGUCAGAGGCACCUCAACAAAUGAUGUUACUUGUGAAGAGUGCCCUUCUGGGACUUUCUCUGAUCAAAACUCCAGCACUGACAUCUGCAAGCCCCACACGAACUGUGCUGAGUUAAACAAAGUAGCACUAAGCAAAGGAAAUGCCACACACGAUCAGGUUUGCCUGGACCAGUUGCCCACUUACCUCAUCCCAAGCACUCUGUCCAUGAGAUUCAGCAAUGAAACAAAUAACUCUGACCUAAUGAGGUUUGAGGAGAACAUGGUGACCAUUGCUAGUAUCCUUUUAAGUGCCGCUACAACUGAAAACCCCAGUUCAACUCCUGAGGAGAAAGCUUUGGCUGGCACUUUUCCCACCUCAGCCAAGGGGGAGACGACAAUGGGAGGUCUAGUUCUUUGGGGAGUGGUUCUCUCUGUGAUAGUGCUACUUAUGGGCAUGCUGUUAUUUUGGAAAUGGAAGGUUUGCAAGAAGCGGAUCCUCAUCUUCAAAGGAAAGCCACAUCUGUAUUCCGUCACUUCACACAAAUCCGGGCUUCAAUCUCAAGGUUCUGAUCUAGUGAACAAAUGCGCAAAGAUCAUACUGACUGCUGACAGUGGGCCAGAAGAGAAGUUAAUUGACAGAACCCUUCCUUUGGAAACCAACAAUAACUUGGUCUCCAGCACAGAAAAAGCAUAUAGUCCUGAUCUGAGUCUGACUGAUGUGACACAGAGCAAUGGAAAUGCCCCAGAUUGCCCUAUCGAUUCUCGAGUGAGAGACCACACAAAUAAUCGAAUUGAAAAAAUAUACAUCAUGAAGGCUGACACUGUUAUUGUGGGGUCCAUUUCAGAAGUGCCUAGUGGCAAGAACUGUGCUGCUAGAGGAUGUGAAAGUAAUGUUGAUGCCCAGGAAAACAUGGAAGAGGAACUGGCAAUGCACUAUCCAGAGCAGGAAACAGAGUCUUUUCCAGGGAAUGAUGUAAUGGUUCCUGUGGAAGAGGAGGGAAAGGAAUUUCAUCACCCCACCAUUGCCACUGAGAAGUGAAAACCCAGUGAGAAGAUGUGUGAAGCUACAGAAACAUCCAGUGUGACACUAAGCCUGAAUAUAUGAUAAGGGAGGUAAAUACAUAGUGCCUUAGAUUAUCUGAAAGCUCAUGUAAAACACUGAAACACAUUCAAACAAGGAGUUCUAGAACCUAUUUCAUCUAACAAAUGAGAGGAUCAUCCAAACUGUUGGCCUUCAUAGCUGACGUCAAAUAUUUCUCUUUCCCUCUCUCUCCCAGUAUCAUGCUGGAAACAAAUUUGAAUCAAAGCUACAA